UUGUUAUUCCAGCAGGGAGCAGCAUUACCGGCUUUUUCUGUCGUUUCCCCCAUUCUCCACCAGUCCAUCAGAACCCUAAUAACAACACUACGCAAUCACAAUGUCAGCACAAGCAACGUUCGUGCAGCGCGACUGGGAAAACCGCGAGCUUGUCGAGGAGAUCAGCUCGGCCGUCAAGCGGAUUGCGAGCUUCCUGACCACCUUUGAUUCGUCCACUCGAUACCGGUUGGCAGCACUGAACGAGAAGCUCUCGCAGCUCGAGCGCCAAGUCGACUACCUGGAUGCACGGGUUGUGAAUGUCGACGCUGCGAAUUCGUAAAGAGCUGGAGUCGUCUCUGCUCCAGCUUUCAGUUGUUUUUGUUGUUGUACAUGUCUGUCUAUCUCUGUCCGCACGGAGAGUGUUCGAGUCGUCAGCUUUUGUGAAUUUUCGUGCCUUUUUCGCUGCCAUUUUGUUUCCUCGAAUGCAAGUUUUCUCUUCAGCCUCAAUCGCAG